GUGUGAGGAUUUGUUUCUUGCUCUUGCUGAAGUUACUGUUACUUGGGACUGCAGCUAGCUGUUUACCUUCAGCACGGGUCAGCCACUAUGAGUUUAAAAAAAAAAAAAAAAAAAAACACACAGAGUGCAGUGAUGACCAUCAGAAGUCCAGUUCUGUGACAUCACCAAGAACCACUCGUCUCCACGGCUACAGGAAAACAAACCAUUUCAGUUUCAGCGUUUCAGUGGUACGCAUCCUCUCAAUGUUUUAGUGAUUUCUAAUUUAAAAAUGUUUUAGAAAUCAUUUUGAAACUGUUAGCCUAACUAAUAGGGUGACUACUCAGUGUUAUAUAAAUGAUAAGUUCAUCAUACUGCUAGGAUUAAGCGCUGAAGGCCUUUGCUCUUCCUACGAUUUACAGAUGUAAAAGUGUUUUGUUAGUUUACAUUUUACUUCAAUUUGUCAAGAUAAAAGUUUUAGUAGCUUUUUAAAAACGAUCAUAUCUUAAUACCAGUAGUGUUAUCUGAAGAAACCUUGAGGAACGUUUUAGGAAAGAAAGUAGACCACUCGUGUUAGAUGAAAUAUUCAGUCUGCAGUUCAGUGUUCAGUUCUUGUUUUUGUCUGUCACUAUAAGUUGUUGUUUUUUUUUCUUGUAGCAUUUUGAUGAAAAAUGAACUGUGUUAAUUUCCAAAUGGCGUCUCUCUACGUUGGUGAUCUUCACCCUAAUGUGACGGAGUCUAUGCUCCUGAACAAGUUUGGCUCUGUUGGGAAAGUUCACUCCAUCCGCCUCUGCAGGGUUAAAAGUCCUGGCACAUCACAACAAUAUGCCUUUGUCAACUUCCAGCAUUGGGCAGAUGCUGAGCGUGCUUUGGACCUGCUCAAUUUUGACCCCCUUUUGGGUCAGCCCAUGCGUAUCAUGUGGUCCCGGAAGGACUCAUCAAGGAAGAACAAUGUGGGAAACAUCUUUAUAAAGAAUCUGGAAAAGUCCAUCGACAGCAUUGCCCUUUACAACACCUUCUCCAUCUUUGGCAACAUCCUGUCAUGCAAGGUGAUGUGUGAUGAGAAUGGCUCCAAAGGAUACGGCUAUGUGCACUUUGAGAGUGCUCAGGCUGCCGAGACUGCCAUUAGGACGUUGAACGGAAUGCUGUUCAACGACCACAAAGUGUUCAUCACACACUUCAAGUCUCGCCAGGAGCGCCAGGCUGCAAACAGGACGAUUGCAGAUGAGACCAGCAAACAGGUGCAUGUGAGCCAAGUGCAGAAGAAGGAAGAGGGACAUCCUUCAAUUCAGCACGCUCAGUCUGCAGUUAAACCUGGUCCAGCUGCAGUUAAACCUGAUCCAGGUGCAAUUAAACCUGGUCCAGCUGCAGUUAAACCUGAUCCAGGUGCAAUUAAACCUGGUCCAGCUGCAGUUCAACCUGGUCCAGCUGCCAUUAAACCUGGUCCAGCUGCAGUUAAACCUGAUCCAGGUGCAAUUAAACCUGGUCCAGCUGCAGUUAAACCUGAUCCAGGUGCAAUUAAACCUGGUCCAGCUGCAGUUAAACCUGAUCCAGGUGCAAUUAAACCUGGUCCAGCUGCAGUUAAACCUGAUCCAGGUGCAAUUAAACCUGGUCCAGCUGCAGUUCAACCUGGUCCAGCUGCCAUUAAACCUGGUCCAGCUGCAAUUAAACCUGGUCCAGCUGCAGUUAAACCUGGUCCAGCUGCAGUUAAACCUGGUCCAGCUGCAGUUAAACCUGUUCAGUUUAACUGGCAACCCAUUCCAGCGCCAGUUGAACCCGUUCAGGCGCCAGUUAAACCCAUUCCGGCACCAGUUGAACCCGUUCAGGCGCCAGUUAAACCCAUUCCGGCACCAGUUAAACCUGUUCAGGCGCCAGUUAAACCCGUUCCAGCGCCAGUUGAACCCCUCCCGGCACCAGUUAAACCCGUUCAGAUGCCAGUUAAACCCGUUCAGGCACCAGUUAAACCCGUUCAGGUGCCAGUUAAACCCGUUCAGGCACCAGUUAAACCCGUUCAAGCGCCAGUUAAACCCGUUCAGGCGCCAGUUAAACCUGUUCAGGGGCCAGUUAAACCCAUUCCAGCUCCAGUUGAACCCCUCCCGGUGUCAGUUAAACCCAUUCAGGCACCAGUUAAACCUGUUCCGGCGCCAGUUAAACCCGUUCCGGCGCCAGUUAAACCUGUUCAGGGGCCAGUUAAACCUGUUCAGGGGCCAGUUAAACCCGUUCAGGCAGCAGUUAAACCCGUUCAGGCACCAGUUAAACCCGUUCAGGGGCCAGUUAAACCUGUUCAGGCACCAGUUAAACCCGUUCAGGCGCCAGUUAAACCCGUUCAGGCACCAGUUAAACCCGUUCAGGCGCCAGUUAAACCUGUUCCAGUUAAAGCAGCUGAAGUUAAACCAGUAGAAGCUGCAGUUAAACCAGUAGCAGCUGCACUUCCCACUGCAGCUAAAGCGGUACAGGCUGCAAGUCCAGCCACAGUUAAAAAAGAAGAACCACCUGUAACAGCAGCAGCUCCAUCUCCACCUCCAUCACCUGUGACAGAUGAGAAGCUGACCAUGGACGCAAUGCGAGAACAAAGCACCAAGCAGUCCAUGGAUACACAGACUGCUGUUCCUGCACCAGCUCGGAAGCCAUUAACUCUCUACAUGCUGGAGUCAGCUGAUGUGGAACAACAGGUCACGAUGCUGCAUGAGUACCUGUUACCUCUUGUGGAGCAAAUCCAUCCGACUCGGGCCAGAGAAAUAACCUGCAUGGUUAUACAAGGAGAGAACAACUACAACCUGCUCGAUAUGGUCGCAGAGCCCAACCUUCUGCGUGCCAAGGUUGAGCAGAUGGUGGCUAUACUUCAGGGGAGCGAAGCUGGCCAGAACGUGCGUUUGCUUGCACCCAAAAACAAAAAUAAGAAGAGGAGAAAGAAGAAGAAGAAUCGAUCAAAUCUGUACAUUAAUCUGUAGGACAUUUGAAAUAGGAAUUCUGUUAAACAUAAUAAAUUUUUUUAUUAUCUAUUGUUAA